AUUCCCCUAGAACGUUGAUGGUGGAGGAAAGCUUCCGAUUGCGCUCUCCGUGGUGCUGAAAACAAUCUAGAGGACACUGUAUUGACACGGCGCUGUUGAUGGUACUGAAACCUCUGGGGGCAGGGGGGAACAUUGAAGAGGAGGUGCAGUGGAGAAGAGUCACCCAUUUGUGCUAUGUGCGAUCCUCCCACAUUUACUUUAAUUUACUCUUUCCAGCCCUGGAUGAAGUAGCUGAUGUAUUGGCACACAAAUAAUGAAAUGCUAGUGCUGCCUCUCUGCCAGAGUACGUAGCACAGUUAUCAGGGAUUCAAACUGGUGUGAGCACUGGUAAGGAUUCUAUGCAUAUGGGAUUUAUUGUCUUUGACGACUCUCUACCUCUAUAUACACAACCACAGCAAAACAAUCCACACCAGAUAAGGAUUAUAUUUACAUUAGACUUUCAAUCAAGUCUCCUUCGAAGUACCAAUGGUUUUGCUUGUCAUUUUGCUAAUGGAUUCUUCAUCUCUAAGAGGACCUUUUAGUUCAGCCUCACAACUUCUGUUCUUUUAAGAAACCCAUGGGCUUCAGGUAGACACUCAAUCAUCUCUCUUUUUUUCUGGCUCUGUUUCUUCCCGCCUCACCCACUGAUAUACAUAUACAGUGUCUCUCUCCUCUCUCACAGACACACUUUCUCUUACACACAUUCACACACACACACACACACACACACACACACACACACACACACACGAAGAUUUUGACUCGUCCUUUUAUCUGGAUGAACAACAUUAUUUUAUGGAAAAAAGCUUGAAAUGGAACCAAUAUGAUCCACCUUCAAGGCUUGUAAGGGCAUCCUUGUUAAUCUGGUGAAAGACACUUGAAAUCUUUACAGAAAUGGAGUCGGUAAAACAAAGGAUUCUAAAUCCUGGGAAGGAGAAACUGAAAAGUCUUGCUGGGAAAUCACUCGGUCAGAUCUAUAGAACCCUAGAAAAAAAGCAGAAGCCAGAGGACAAUAUCGAGUUGACGGAAGAUGGCAAACCCUUGGAAGUGCCCGGGAAGAAAGCACCUUUGUGCGACUGCACCUGCUUCGGGUUGCCUCGGCGAUACAUCAUCGCUAUCAUGAGCGGACUGGGUUUCUGCAUUUCCUUUGGAAUCCGCUGUAACCUUGGAGUAGCCAUCGUGGACAUGGUCAACAACAGCACCAUCCACCGAGGGGGGAAAAUCAUCAAAGAGGAAGCGAAGUUCAACUGGGACCCAGAAACGGUCGGCAUGAUCCAUGGCUCCUUUUUCUGGGGGUAUAUAAUCACGCAGAUCCCCGGGGGCUAUAUUUCAUCCAGGCUGGCAGCUAACAGGGUCUUUGGUGCAGCGAUACUACUGACAUCUACCCUCAACAUGCUAAUACCAUCUGCUGCUCGGGUGCAUUUUGGAUGUGUCAUCUUUGUCAGAAUCUUGCAAGGCUUGGUUGAGGGUGUAACUUAUCCAGCUUGCCAUGGAAUAUGGAGCAAGUGGGCUCCUCCUUUAGAGAGAAGUAGAUUAGCAACUACAUCUUUCUGUGGAUCCUAUGCAGGUGCAGUCAUUGCAAUGCCAUUGGCUGGGAUUUUAGUGCAAUAUACAGGAUGGUCUUCUGUGUUCUAUCUGUAUGGAAGUUUUGGCAUUGUCUGGUAUAUGUUUUGGAUUUUGGUGUCGUAUGAGAGUCCUGCAAAGCACCCUACAAUUACAGAUGAGGAGCGCAGAUACAUAGAAGAAAGCAUUGGAGAGAGUGCUAAUCUUCUAGGAGCAAUGGAAAAAUACAAGACUCCAUGGAGAAAAUUUUUUACUUCUAUGCCGGUCUAUGCAAUCAUUGUUGCAAACUUCUGUAGAAGUUGGACUUUUUAUCUGCUCCUUAUUAGUCAACCUGCUUACUUUGAAGAGGUGUUUGGAUUUGAAAUAAGUAAGGUGGGAAUGCUGUCUGCACUGCCACAUUUAGUGAUGACCAUUAUUGUGCCUAUUGGGGGACAAAUUGCAGAUUUUCUAAGAAGCAAGCAAAUUCUUUCAACCACUACAGUCAGGAAGAUAAUGAACUGUGGAGGGUUUGGAAUGGAAGCAACCCUUCUCUUGGUAGUUGGAUAUUCUCAUACUAGAGGUGUGGCCAUUUCUUUCCUUGUUCUUGCUGUGGGGUUCAGUGGAUUUGCUAUAUCUGGAUUCAAUGUCAAUCAUUUAGAUAUUGCUCCGAGGUAUGCCAGUAUCUUAAUGGGGAUUUCAAAUGGAGUUGGAACAUUGUCUGGGAUGGUGUGCCCAAUAAUUGUUGGAGCAAUGACAAAAAACAAAACACGUGAAGAAUGGCAGUACGUCUUUCUUAUUGCUGCUUUGGUCCAUUAUGGGGGAGUCAUAUUCUACGGAAUAUUUGCUUCAGGAGAAAAGCAACCUUGGGCAGACCCUGAACAGACGAGUGAAGAAAAAUGUGGCUUCAUUCACGAAGAUGAACUUGAUGAAGAAACAGGGGACAUUACUCAGAAUUAUGUAAAUUAUGGUACCACUAAAUCUUAUGGUGCUACAACCCAGAUUAACGGUGGCUGGCCAGAUGGCUGGGAGAAGAGAGAAGAAUUUGUACAAGAAGAAGCACAAGACUCAUAUAGUUACAAGGAAGGAGAGGAUUAUUCAUAACAGGCCUAUGUUGGGUAUAUUUUGUAGUGUUUGUGAUUUAUUCAUUGUGACUGUUUACGCACGCGUGCACCACACACACACGGACACCAAUGUGACAUAAACAUGUAAACACAUAUCAGACAAGAAGGUCUUACUAUAAAAACCAAGAAAUACUACCAUUCAAGUGCAAUCUGUAUGAGUUUGUGACAUUUCAUCACUUCCAUUUGGGUGUCUCCAUGCUAUAGAGUUUUAAGGGUUAUCUGGUCAAAACUGCACAGGAAACUAGGUCUUUGCAGUAUAAAUGAGUGAGAAACUCAAAACUAAGGAAAAGCACAACUACCAUGCAAGUUGGGACAUCAAAUGUUCAGUUUAGAAAGCCGAAACUUCUUGAUCAUUUAAAAAUGCACUUACAUAUCGUAUUGAAAGAGAACAAAACAUUGUUUGUGUGUAGGUUUACUUGGUACAAUGUAAGAAAUGUAUGGUUGAUCAAAAUCAAGUAUUUCUUAUCGAGUAAGACUUCCAUUUUAGCCCCAGUUCAAGUCCUUUAAAGAGAAUUAAAUUGAGACUUUACAGAGCAGUCUAAAAUAUAAUGUUUAUUAUGAUUAUAUAUCGUCAGGCUAUUUUAUUUUUGUUAAUUGGUUGCUUUCAUUGAACAUUUAGGCACAAACUUUUCAUUUCUGUUAUUUGCAGGCCAAUACAGCAGUUGUUUGUGUCAGGUUAUUCCUGAUAGCUAUCAACCAGUAAAUAUAUAUAAAUAGAUAUAUAUUUAGCCUGACCUUCCAUGCAGAAUAAAUAAGCAAGAUGAAAGAGUAUUUCUUAUAGUUAUUGUUUGUAUAAAUUACUAGCCAUAAUAAAUCUUAUGUUCACCCAGACAAAUCCAAAGAAAAAUAUACUGCAGACACAUAGCCCUAGAAGAAACAAGUAUUUCUUUGAAAGCCUUUUAAAGUAAAUGCAAGAAAAGGAAAAAUAAAAUAAUUAUUUGUUUAAUCCUGGAUAGUUUUUCAUGUUUUCAGAGGUUGUGCCACAAUUCUAUAAAUAAAGUCAUAGUUUAUUGCAGAUGCUGUAUAAUGAUAGAAAAUAGUGCUAUUUUAAAGAUUUCUGAAUUUUAAAAUAAAUUCUAUUUGUCUUGCAAACCAAUAGAACUAUAAUGGACCCACAGAGUAGGAACAGCCAUUUCCAUAGUGAGCCCAAAGUGGCAAACCACAGGGGAUGGGCUGCAGAAGAGGGUAACUUUUACAGUGCUCAAGUGCAAUUCUAAUUUCUCCAAAUCCAAUGGGAGGUUGGGCCCUGGCUUCACUGGGGUAUGGAUUGCAGUUUUGUGUCUUGUCCAGAAACCCGAGACCAUGGAAGAUCUCUAGGAGGCCCACCAAGCUUUUGCAUGUGCAGGCUUGCAUUUGCUACAGUUGAGGAGCAAGUCAGAAUAUGUGCAUCUGUUAUGUGCGUGUGGACCUGCCAUUCCCAUUGAAGUGACUAGGGAAGCCCAAGAAAAUGAGCUCCGUGAAUGUGGAGCUCUGGAUCAAGGCCUUGUAUUUCUUAGAACGUUCUUCUAUAAGAAUUGUAAUGUUAGUGUACCAAGCAAUAAGUGCCAUGUACUAUUAAGUGCAUGAUCUUUUAAUCUUUGUUACCAUCACUACUGAGCUUGCAGUAGAUCCUUGAGACAGUUUGGGUUAAUACAUUUUACAAAAGCAAAACAGACAGGACUAAUCAACAAUAAAAAGUUCAUUCUGCUACUAGACCACUUAAUGCUCUAAAAAAAAGUAUCCAUUUGCCAGCUCCAAUGAAAUGAUUAGUGUUGUAUGUUAAAAAGCCAUUUCAGGUUUUUUGAUCUGCUCCUUGUAUUGUGCUAGUAUUUUAAGGCCCUGCUAUUGCAAUAUACAACUCAAGGAUCUUCUCCACCUCCUCUUUUCUCCUUCUUCCCAACCCUCCCCUCCUUCUUUUCUUGUACUAAACUUACCCCUACUUUUAUCUGGAGAGAGAGAAAAAAGUCAAUUACACAUUUUGCUUUGUGCCUCAAAGUGAUGUAAAAUGUGGCCAUAGCUUUUGCUGUGAAAAGAUGUGGACUGUGUCACUUUUGUUGCUGCUAAAAAAAGUGUUAAUAAAUGCUCUAUUUAUCCUUUUAUAUAUAAAGAAAAAA